CUGGGCAGUACUGGGGCCGUGAGCGGAGAGCAAGGUGGGCUGGACUGGGUCAGGCCCGCCUUCCUCGCUGCCGGGACCUCCACUCGGCUAAUCCCCUGUGCCUGGCGUUGGGCGGUUUCCCGAGGAGCUUGGGCCGCCGCAGCUUACAGUUGAACAUGAGUCUUCUUAUGAUUAGUGAGAAUGUAAAAUUGGCUCGUGAAUAUGCAUUGCUGGGAAACUAUGACUCUGCGAUGGUCUAUUAUCAGGGAGUUCUUGACCAAAUGAACAAGUAUCUGUACUCAGUCAAAGAUACAUACCUCCAGCAGAAAUGGCAACAGGUUUGGCAGGAAAUAAAUGUGGAAGCUAAACAUGUUAAAGAUAUUAUGAAAACACUAGAGAGCUUUAAACUAGACAGCACUCCCUUGAAAGCGGCACAGCAUGACCUUCCAGCUUCUGAGGGAGAAGUCUGGUCCAUGCCUGUACCUGUUGAACGAAGACCCUCACCAGGACCUAGAAAACGCCAAUCUUCUCAGUACAGUGACCCUAAAUCACAUGGUAAUCGUCCAAGUACAACUGUCAGAGUUCACCGUUCAUCUGCACAGAAUCUUCACAAUGACAGAGGGAAAGCCGUUCGUUGUCGUGAAAAGAAAGAACAGAAUAAAGGAAGAGAGGAAAAGAACAAAUCACCUGCUGCAGUAACAGAACCAGAGACAAAUAAAUUUGAUAGUACCGGAUAUGAUAAAGACUUAGUAGAAGCUUUGGAAAGAGAUAUAAUUUCUCAGAAUCCCAAUGUUCGAUGGGACGAUAUCGCUGAUUUAGUAGAAGCUAAAAAGUUGCUUAAGGAAGCUGUAGUGUUACCAAUGUGGAUGCCCGAAUUCUUUAAGGGCAUUAGGAGACCAUGGAAAGGAGUACUGAUGGUCGGCCCACCUGGCACGGGGAAGACGCUCCUUGCUAAAGCAGUGGCUACAGAAUGCAAGACAACAUUCUUCAAUGUCUCUUCAUCAACUCUGACUUCCAAAUACAGAGGAGAAUCUGAGAAGCUUGUUCGUCUUCUGUUUGAAAUGGCUCGAUUUUAUUCUCCAGCCACCAUAUUUAUUGAUGAGAUAGACUCCAUCUGUAGUCGCCGAGGGACUUCUGAAGAACAUGAAGCAAGCAGGAGGGUGAAAGCGGAGCUGCUGGUUCAAAUGGAUGGUGUUGGAGGUGCUUCUGAAAAUGAUGACCCUUCCAAAAUGGUUAUGGUUCUGGCAGCUACUAAUUUUCCCUGGGAUAUAGAUGAGGCUUUAAGACGACGCCUUGAGAAACGAAUCUAUAUUCCUUUGCCAUCAGCAAAAGGCAGGGAAGAGCUAUUACGAAUAAGUCUACGUGAGCUGGAAUUGGCUGAUGAUGUUGACCUUGCAAGUAUAGCAGAAAACAUGGAAGGUUAUUCAGGUGCGGACAUUACCAACGUGUGCAGGGAUGCGUCCUUGAUGGCAAUGAGAAGGCGCAUUGAAGGUUUGACUCCAGAGGAAAUCCGAAAUCUUUCCAAAGAAGAAAUGCACAUGCCUACAACUAUGGAGGAUUUCGAGAUGGCUUUAAAAAAGGUUUCUAAGUCAGUGUCUGCUGCAGACAUUGAAAGAUAUGAGAAAUGGAUAUUUGAGUUUGGAUCAUGCUAAAUUCUCACAUGUAAACUGUGAGAAAUGUGCCUUAAGUGUUUGAAUAUUAAAUGUAGUAAUUCAUUGUAUUGAGUGCUAUUUUUUUUUAACUUUCAUAAUGGUAUGAUUUUUUUUAAAACCCUUAUGAUUCUGAAUAAAGGCAAUAUUUUUAAGCUGAAAA